CCUCCUCCUAAAACAUUGCAAACGUCAGUGAAACACUCUAGAGUAUCCAUUCAUUCAUACAAAAAAAAAAAAAAACGAUUUAAAAAGCAAGACGUGAGUAGGAAUUCCACCAUUACUCAGAAUAUUUCUACUUUAAAAAAUGCCAGACAUGCCAGUGGCGCUGCAAUAUACCCCUCCAGAUGGAGGAUGGGGAUGGGUUGUAGUUUUCGCAUCUUUCAUUUCAAUUGGAUUUUCAUAUGCAUUUCCCAAAGCCAUUACAGUAUAUUUCAAGGAAAUCCAGGAAAUUUUCAGUACUUCAUACAGUGAGAUUGCAUGGAUAUCCUCUAUUAUGCUGGCUGUUAUGUAUGCUGGAGGUCCUAUAAGUAGUAUCCUGGUAAACAAAUAUGGCAGUCGCCCAGUGGUCAUAGCAGGAGGCUUGCUCUGCAGCGUAGGAUUGAUUUCAGCGUCAUUCUGCAACAGUGUGCUUGAACUGUACAUUUGCAUUGGUGUUGUUGGUGGUUUUGGAUUGGCAUUUAAUCUUCAACCAUCUUUGACAAUUAUUGGAAAGUAUUUCUUUAAAAAGCGUCCUAUUGCAAAUGGACUGGCCAUGGCAGGAAGUCCAGUGUUUUUGAGCACACUGGCUCCUCUUAAUCAAUUUCUCUUCAAUACAUUUGGAUGGAGAGGAAGCUUUUUAAUUUUAGGAGGUCUCCUAUUAAACUGUUGCGUGGCUGGAUCCCUCAUGAGGCCCUUUGGACCUAAACCCAUAAAGAAAGAUGAGGAAAAAGCAGAUCAGAAACCUCAUGAGAAAAAAGAAAAGUUAUCAGUAUGCCAAAACAUUAACAAGUAUUUAGACCUGUCACUCUUUAAACACCGGGGGUUUCUCAUUUACCUAUCUGGGAAUGUAAUCAUGUUCCUAGGAUUCUUUGCUCCAAUUGUUUUCCUCGCCCCCUACGCUAAGCAUAUGGGCAUUGAUGAAUAUUCAUCUGCAUUUUUAUUGUCUAUCCUAGCUUUUGUAGACAUGGUUGCACGACCUUCCAUGGGAAUGGUGGCAAACUCCAAAUACAUCCGCCCAAAGAUACAGUAUUUUUUCAGUUUUGCCAUUCUAUAUAAUGGCAUUUGCCAUGUGUUGUGCCCAUUUGCUAAUGAUUACACUGGACUGGUCAUAUAUUCAGUAUUUUUUGGGUUUGCUUUUGGUAUGGUAAGCAGUGUAUUGUUUGAAACCCUGAUGGACCUUGUUGGAGCAGCAAGAUUCUCCAGUGCUGUUGGACUUGUGACAAUUGUGGAAUGUUGCCCUGUUCUAAUUGGGCCUCCUCUGGGAGGUUGGCUGGUGGAUUUAACUGGGAAUUAUAAAUACAUGUACUUUGCAUGUGGCAUGAUUGUCAUUUUGGCAAGUAUAUGGUUAUUUAUUGGAAACGCCAUCAACUACAGACUACUAGCAAAGGAAAAAUUGGCAAAUAAUGAAAUAAAUGCAGCAAAAGAGACAGAAACUUUAAACAACACAGAACCCAUUGAAGUGACCAAAAAAUCAAAUGUGUCUAAUUCAUCAGACAGAGAAACUAGUAUAUAAAAUAGACUAUUAUUUAUUGGAUUAGAUGCAAGUAUUAUUUAGAGGUUUAUGCUGAUUAAUGGUUAUUAUGGAGUCCUGACAGGUAAAUAUUCCUGCAUUGAAUUCAGAGUUCAAGAAAUGAAUGUUACAAAGUUUAGGGCCGUAUUCACUAGUCUAAAUGACAAAAAAAAGUACAUAUUCUGCUGUGCCUUGCAAAAGUAUUCCCCCCACCUUGGUGUUUUUCCUGUUUUGCAGCAUUACAACCUGGAAUUAAAAUGUAUUUUUUGGGGAGUGUAUACCAUUUCAUUUGCAGAACAUGCCUACCACUUUGAAGGUGCAAAACAUUUUUUACUGUAACAUAAAUAAUAAUUAUGACAAAUGGACUAAGAAAUGUAAUGUGCAUAAGUAUUCAUUCCCUGAAAGUCUAUAAUUUGUGAAGCCACCUUUUGCUGCAAUUACUAUAGCUAAGCACAUCUAGACACAGGGAUUUAUUCCCCUUCUUCUAGGUGAAAUUACUCCCACUCCAUCAAGCUAGAUUGUGCAUUGGUGUACUAUAGUCUUCAAAUCAUGCUGCACAUUUUCAGUUGGAUUUAGUCCUGGGCUUUGACUUUAACUUUAGCACUAUGUUCAGGGUCAUUGUCCUGCUGAAAGCUGGAUCUCCUUCCCAGUC